AUGCGUUUUACCAACGUCCUUGUAGCGCUAGGCAGUGUCGCCGGUGUUAUUAGCACGUUCCAAGGUGUCAAUGUCCGUAACGGUAUCGAUGUCGUCGACGACAAUGCCCAUAAUGCUACGGCGACAACCUUGGUCCCCGUGCAACUCAAUGCCCGGGCUAAAACGCGCAACAAGAAGACUAGAAGGACUCUUGAAAAGUUUCAAAAGUCUAAGACAAACGACGCGUUCGAGCUGGAUGAGAACCAGUGGGUCACGUCGGUGAAAGUCAAGUCUAAGGACAAGGUCUCCGCCGUACAAUUGACCGGAUGCACUGCCGUCUUUUUCUGGGAUGUGAACAACAUCCCCUCCGCCUGGCACAUCUUCUGCGGCAACGAGGCGACAGAUGGGAAAUCUGCCGCCGAGGCCGAAGAAGACAUGGGCCUUCAUCCCGUCAGCGUCACCAUCGUCGCCGAGAAACAGGGCAACUACGACGAACUCGAGAAAGCGAUAAAGGCGGUGCUUCCAGAUCUGGAAAACGCCUUCGAACCCAUAAUUUAUAAUAUGAAAGACCUGAACGGAGAUCAGGCGUUUCGAUACGACGCCAUAGCUGGAACUAAAGAAGUGACCCAGACAAAGGAAAAACGUAUAAAAAAGCAGCCGCAGCGAUUUUAAGGGCAAUUUUUCACUGUAUGAAGUGGAGUUGCUGAUGCCAAACGAAGUUAGGAGUUGUAGCUUGGAUGUAGAGGUCUCAGGGUGGAGGAGCAAUCUGCGGACGAUCUGAUUAUGAGUAAAGGACUGCUCUGGGAUUUUUGAUAGUAGUUUUGCAGGUUCUGCACGUUGAUCUUUUGAUAAAUUUGUUGCGUUAGGCUCUGUUUGGUUCGCGAAUGCGGGAAAGAGUGCGCCGCCAAAAAAGCUCGCAC